GCGGUUCCAAGUAAACAAGCAAUUAUGCUCUCUCCACCGUUUCAUAGUCCGUUUUAUUUUCUCAAUGGCCCAAUCCGACCCCUUCUUCCCAUGAACUUAGAUUAAGGCACGAAAAUCCUAGACACUCGAACUAGGAGCCUCCGGCCAACAAUAAUUCUCGUUUCGAUUGGCGUGUAAUGAGCCUUCGGAACCAACAUGCCAUUAAGAGCGAAAAAGUGGAGGAUCGGCAUCGACGGUCGGACAUUAGCGCGAAAGCCCCCGGUCCUGCCCCGGGGUUCAAUUAUAUUUGGAACCGUUCUGUCCCGCGCUAUCAACCGCCAGCCUCAGCCAAGGGCCAGACCUCCUUUCCCACGUUUCCCCUUGUUUUCUUUGUUUCUCUGACUCGCUUGACAUGCCGUUUGUGUGCCAAGCAUUCGUGGCCAUUAGCUUGGCUGCAACGCUUCUCAUCUCCCAUGUCGUGCAUGCCGUACAAGGCGUUUCGGGAGCGGCGCCUCAUUUCAGGGAUUAUUUCUAUGUGGGCGGGGAAUAUGUUACUGACAGUUCCGGUGACCAUUACUUUCAUAAUCAGAUGUAUGUGGAGAGAUUGUCGCCAGUUGGUGAGUCUGUGCAGCCGUAUCCCGUUGUUUUGGUUCAUGGUGGUGGCCAGAGCGGCACAAAUUUCCUUAAUAAACCAGAUGGAAGCCCCGGAUGGGUGUCCUGGUUCCUCAAUAAUGGAUAUAUCGUGUAUAUUCUCGACCGAACGCUCACCGGUCGGUCCCCGGUAUUCCUGGGCGACGACCCGAGCCAGACUGUGGUCUCCGCAGAGUUUAUCUCGCAGCGGUUCACGGCCGUACAGAAGUUUCCCCUAUGGCCCCAGGCAAAGCUCCAUACCCAAUGGCCUGGUACGGGUGAAAUAGGUGACCCAGUCUUCGACACGUACUACAUGAGUACCGUCCAAUCCAUUUCCAACAGUAAAUUCCAAGAGGAAACCAUGCAAGUGGCAGGCGAGCAGCUUCUCGAUCGAAUAGGCCCGGCAGUAGUCAUCACGCAUUCCCAAGGCGGGCUGUACGGGUGGUCGUGGGCGGAUAGCCGUCCAGAUCUAAUCAAAGCACUGAUUCAGAUAGAACCGAAAGGUCCUCCGUUCCAAGAGGCGAUCUUUUCGGAUGAGCCCAGCCGUCCCUGGGGACUUACGUCAAUUCCGUUGACAUUCGAACCCCCACCAACGAACAUGUCGUCACCUUUGACAAUGAAAACUGUACCGACCAACUCCUCCGAUUUGCUCCCUUGUAUCAUUCAGGAGGAGCCAGCGAGAAAGUUGCCUCAAUUGGCUAAAGUUCCAAUCUUAAUUGAUACUGGGGAGGCGUCGUAUCAUGCCCAGUAUGAUUAUUGCUUUAUCAAAUUCCUUCACCAGGCGGGUGUUCCUGCUGAGCAUUUGGAGCUGGGUCGGGCUGGAAUUCAUGGGAAUGGGCAUAUGCAAUUCCUGGAAAAGAACAGCGAUGAUAUAACGCACGUACUGCAUGAAUGGAUUGUAGAGAAAGUGAACGGUGUGCAUCGAAGUCCGUUGCCGUGUAGGUUCAGGGGAUGGACAGAUUCAUGCCUUUCGCCUUUCGUUGACGAGGCGUUUUCGUGAAUCGCGCCUCUUGGAAGGGAUAUAAAGCGAUAGGCCCAAUGGCACGUAAUUGCAGUUAGCCCUCGUCUUACUCGAUUAUUUAAAUAGAUGCAUGUACUAUUGCGGUCUGAUACAAAGAGGCUAGAAAAAAACAGAUGAAAAAGCGAAAGAAAGAGAGAUAAGUAAGGUAAGGGCUAGGUCAUUACAUUGUGAACGGGACAUCAACAUACAGCCGACAGUCACUGUAUAAAAUGUCGGAAUCUAAUAACUUCCAUCCUACAUACCUAAGAGCAAUCACAUAUGAUGCAAUUUAGUUAAUCCAGUCUUGUCGUGAUGAUUUACCUUGGCCAAGAGUGCACAAGCUGCGACGACUCUGGAACUCUUUAUCUCACCACAUACUUCUUUGCGGCGACCAAAAUAGCUCCCUUGGAUGCCAAGAUGAAGGCAAGCCCAGGAUAGCUCUAAACCAUCUGGGUGAGAAUCUUGGAUCUCCUCGCGGCGCAUCAUGCUUGUAAUCCAUGUCACGAUCCGAUCGAACUCGUCGCGUAGUUUAUUCGUUGUCGGCGGGUCUGUACACCCUAUGGUUGAUGAUAGAUCCAAUGACAAUCUCUAACUCACUGAUCGGUUUUGUUGGAUGUCCCGAGUAAG